CAACAUCGUGCGACUUCAAAGCACCGAAUGAGAUCCGCGUACCAAGAACGCUCAGUCAAAUUGAAUUGGAAAGAACCCAGAAAAGCCUCCAAAAGUCAUACGAUGUGAAAUGGGAAAGGCCUCUUGGGGAGGGAGGGUUCGGAGCGGUGUAUCUGGGCCGUGAAAAGAAGUCUGGUGAUUUAGGUAAGAACUCUAGCUCUGUUUGGAAACGGUUCUGACGAAGAUACACGGAAUUUAUAUGAUGUUGAUGUUGGCGUCGAUAACUCAAAUAUAUUCUGCAUUUAGCUGCUGUGAAAGAAAUUUCAAAAGAGUAUACCAAUGAUUCUACUUUUCAACGGGAAAUGGACGCAUUUUUGCACAUUAAAAAGGCCGGUGGGCACCCAAAUAUCUGCGGGAUGAAAGAGCAUUUUGACGAAGGACCUUUUUUCUAUCUGGUCCUAGACUUGGUACAAGGUGGAGAAAUGUUUGACCAUCUGAUAAAGGACGGCGCAUACAGUGAGGCAGAUGCGGCAAGAUUGGUUCGAGAAGUUGGUUCGGCACUCUCUUUUUUGCACGGGAUCGGACUAGUGCAUUCUGAUUUGAAACCAGAAAAUCUGUACGUAAAUAGCUCUGAGAUGGGUAGCACCCAUAUGACUUUUUGGUCUCUUCUCACACUUUCUAUUUUCUGAUUGGUAAACAUCAAAUUUUAAGUAUGCUGAGUUCGGAGAAUGCUAGCGAUGCUGUGAUGAAAGUCGUAGAUUUUGGUUGUGCCGAAAUCAUUGACAAAAAUAGUCCUUAUUACAGCCCAGAUGGAAAAGAUUGUUUUGGGAACACUCCAGGCUAUUCUCCACCUGAAAUGAUAGACGGCGCUAGAGCAUCGACACAUUUGGAGCCUUCGGUUGAUAUGUUUUCUAUGGGCGUUAUCAUCUACAUUAUGCUCACAGGAAUACAUCCUUUCGAUAUCACAGGCCGAUCCACAGACCAACAAAUGAAUAGAAGAGUUCUUCGUAACAUGAUGCCGCCUUUACGAAAUUCUCCUCUCACUGCGCAUUUAUCAUCAUCUGCGAUCGAUUUAAUUGAAAAACUUAUUGAUUGGGAUCCGAAGACAAGGAUGACUGCAUUAGAAAUGCUUAAUCAUCCAUGGGUCAAAGGAGAAACAGCAUCAAAAGGAAAGAUUGAAAAUUCUGACAAGAGGUUGAAGGGAUUUCGCAAGUACAAAUCUGGGAUCGCAGCCCAGGUCUUCCAGAACAUGGUUCUUGGUUCUGAUAACUCGGAAGCCGACGAUGCAACAAGAAAAAUGUCGCUGAUCCAACAAUCAUUUCAAAAAAUUGAUUCCGAAAACAGAGGUUACAUCACGACGAAAGAUUUGAAAAACCUUGCAUCAAACAAGUCSAACGAWGAUUCGAWKGAUCACGAAGACGAAGAGAACUCACAGCUAUCACUCUCUGGAUUCUCUGAGUUGUUAUCUGAACAUAUGAAAAACGUUUACUUGCCUGCCGGCCAUGAAAUUUUUAGUGAAGGAGACGAAGGUGACACGAUGUACUUUAUCAACUCAGGGCGAGUCGAGAUCACAACAAAAGACGGUUACAGGACAACUACAGGACAAGGUGAUUUCUUUGGUGAAGGGGUGCUCUUGCAUGAAGACAACAAACGCAGUGCAACAAUCAGAUGCAUUACUCCAUUACAUGCAAUUGAAAUAGGGAGGGAUUAUUUUGAAAAAUAUCUGUCGAAUGGAUUUGAAACAGAGAUAGCUCUUUUGGAGAGAGACCGAUUGAGAAGACAAAAUAGAGCGAAGGCGAUCCUUAGUCUUCAGGAGAAUCUAAUUGAGGAUAUAAUCGAGGAAGGAGAUUAUGUGUACGAGCAAUGGGAAGAAGGAGACGACAUUUUUCUUUUAGAAGAUGGAGCUGUUGAUAUAAAUGUGAACGGUCAUUCUGUGUACACGGUACGAGAGGGCGAGUUGCUGGGAGAAUAUGCUACAAUAUUUGGUCGUCCACGAAACACUUCUGCGCGAUGCGCGAGUGACAAAUGCAAAUUGCAAGUAAUGCAUCCAAAAGACUUCGCCAAUAUGAUGAGGUCUAACCCGAAUGUUCGAGACGGACUUCGUGAUGUCGUCUAUCGACGGGAAUUGAAGAAGGCAAUUGUCUUCGAAACACAUAAGUCCUUCCCUGCAACAGAAGAAGAAUUGAAAGAAGUGUUCGAAGCAGUUGAUAAAGAUGGAUCCGGAGAGAUAGACUUAGCGGAGAUUGAUGAUCUGCUGAGAAAAAUGGAUAAAACUUUCACUGAUGAGGAUAUUUCAAAUAUAUUGAGCUCUGUGGAUCUUGAGGGGGAUGGGACAAUCGAAUGGACAGAGUUUAAACGGGUCUUCAAGAUACCAAAUGCGAAAGCAUAGUUUCUCUGCGUUACAGACUACUAAUUGCCUUCUUGUUCUGAAUUCAUUGUACGAAAGUUCAACAUUUGAAAACUACAUCUGCUGAUAGUAAAAGUCCUGUUUUCACAAAUUCAAUUUUAACAUCAAAAUUUUCAAUCUCCUGUAAUAUCUUGUGAUAAUAAUACUACACGUAAUUU